AUGUCAGGCACUCAAAGUCCACUCAUUGAUAUCCAUCAUCUGGAGGAGCUUCUGCUGUUCGAGUGGAUAGACCUUCACCUGCACAUCAUUCCUCUUGUUCAAAGUCUCCACAUCAACAAUUAUCACAGCAUGACAGAUAUUUCUACACCCAAAGAUACUUGUCAAUCUGGAAACAGCAAACAGAUGGUCAAGACAAACCAGGAUAACCCUUUGAAGCUAGGGUUUUAUCUGCCCACUUGGCAAGCAUUUCUGCAGAUUGUGAAGUUAGAGAUGUGGUUUCAGGCUGUUCUAGCUUAUCCAAUUCCAGAGUCCCAGGAAGCCCUCAACCUUGCACGAGAAGUCUUGGACACCGUGCUAUGGACAUACCACAAGAAGAAUAUUAAACUUGAGAGAGAUGUGCUGGCUGAGCUCAAAAAAAUUAUCAUAUCUAUUGCAAAAAGGGCACACAAUAUCUUCCUGCAGGGCUCAACAAUGCGAAUGGAUGAGACUCAAAAGCAGAUCACCACAGCUGCCACUAAGCUCCUCAAGAGUGGUGAUUACCUCUGGCUCCCUGAGUUGUCUGACGGAAAAUUCAAGAAUUUUACAGCGCAGGCUCUCAAGGAUGCUUGUCUCAAAUUUAACUACAGCAACAGCAAGAAAGCAUUAAAGAACAUGGACGAAUUCCACCAAACAAUCCCUGUCAAUGCUAUGCUUCUUGUAGCAGCAGUGUUGAAGGGUGUUAUAUCUGGCAUUUGUGAGACCAGCACUAACAAGUUGACAUACUGCUCAACAUUCUGGAGUGUUGCAAAGAGCUUGAAGACAUGUUGGAGCAAUGGGCUAGGGUUGGCAUGGGUGACUCUGAGUAUGCAACUGGGAGUGCAACAUGGAGGAUGUUAA